UUUUUUCAUUGGUUGGGAAAAAUGGCGGAAAAUUCUCAUUGGCGCCGAAAGGGAAAUGCCAUACGAGCAUGAAAUACCAAUUAUCUCGAAAUGAAAAACAUAUCGAAAUGCAAAAUAAACAACGCGGACUUCAUCCACCGCAGCAUAUAUGCCACUUCUGCCCUAUCACUCCUGAAAAACUCUAUCGAUAUAUAUAACAAUGCACAAAUCGUCGCCCGCGGCCGCGCGUCUGUUGCUAGGCAGGUUAUGUUAAUAUAUGCAAGGCAGCCAUCUCUGCAGCUACCAUUCAGAGGGAAGACCCACUUCAACCUUUUCCUAAAAAUGCUCAAAACUCUCGGGAAAUCCACACCCGAGGCUUAAGCGCGGAUUCAGGAUCGUCUCUCAGUGGUUGAUGACAGGUGGAUAGGUGAGGGAGGUGUUCGCUCUCACCUCAUACGGUUGCAAUGGAGGCCAAGCAGGAGUCGUCACCUGUGUGGAGUCCAGCACCCAACAAUGACACUGGAAACACACCUCAGGUGCAUUUCGAGGCCAGUGCGGUGGCUCAGAUCGUGUACAGCGGAGAGCAGUCAGACCGCGGUCAGCAGCAGGUUGUAUAUACUGCAGACGGAAGCUCCUACACCUCUGUUGAGUCCGCCGAACACACACUGGUGUACAUACACCCUGCCGAUGGAACACAGGCGGUGUUUACAGAUCAACCCCAAGUUGCUUACAUUCAGCAAGAUGGCACAACACAACAGGUGACUGUGUUGCUGCCCAGCGGUCAGAACAUGAACACUGCCAAUCUGCAUGUUUUGAGUAACGUAGCUGAUGGCCCACAGGCGAUCCUGGAACCUGUGACACAGAGCCAACUGGCUGUGAGUAAUGCGGCCCUUCCCAACAUGGCAGAGGCCUCGUCGAGUCCCCUGGGGGCCACAGAUUCCACUGUAGACUCAGAGGACGAGGAAGAAGAUAAUGAUAGCGACGAUUCUGAAAUGGAUGACUGGGAACCCAGGACGCCCCAGCCGUUCACCCCCCAGAGCCUCUGGUGUGAAGACUGUAAUAAUGCUAAUACUGGAGCAUGUCUAAAACACGGUCCUCUGCAUCCUAUCCUGAACCGCCCUGUGAUGUCCAAGGCUCGGGCCAGCCUUCCUCUCGUCCUGUAUAUCGACCGCUUCCUGGGCGGAGUCUUUACCAAGCGGCGUAUCCCCAAACGCACACAGUUUGGUCCUAUAGAGGGUCCGCUGGUGCGACAGAGCGAACUGCAGGACACUCACAUCCACCUGAAAUUAUACAUGCUAGACCCAGAGAAAGAGGGCGAGAGAGCGGAGGACCUCUGGUUUGACCUGUCUGAUGAGGAGCGAUGUAACUGGAUGAUGUUUGUCCGGCCGGCCCAGAACCACCUGGAGCAGAACCUGGUGGCUUAUCAGUACGGCUCGGACAUUUUUUACACCACAAUUAAGAACAUUCAGCCCAAACAGGAGCUUAAGGUGUGGUAUGCUGCAUCAUACGCCGAGUUUGUCAACCAAAAGGUUCAUGAUGUCACAGAUGAGGAACGAAAAGUUUUGCGUGAGCAGGAGAAGAACUGGCCUUGUUAUGAGUGUAACAGACGGUUCAUGAGCUCAGAGCAGCUUCAGCAGCACUUAAACAUGCACGAUGACAAGCUGAACCUCAUCCAAAGGCCAAAGGGCCGUGGCCGAGGGCGGGGCAGGAAACGAUUCGGUGCUGCAAGGCGACCAGGACGGCGUACGAAAUUCAUCUGCCCACAGACUCCAGUUGAGAGUGCUGACAAGACACAGGAGCUGUUGGCAUCUGUAGAUAAACUACCAUUUGAGGAAAGGACAGACGGAGCUCUUAAUGGACUAAAGGUGGUGGAGAUGGCAGCCGAAUCAAUGGAGACAGAGACUGAGGAAGGGCUUGAUACCCCAGCUUCUCACACCGAGGCACUGCAAGUGGAGGGGGAUUCUGUCACCCCUCCUCCGGCCACAGAGGUCCCAGGGUCUGCCAAAGAGGACCUGUCUCAGUCAAGUCCCGUAGAUCCCCACCUCACACCUCAGGACAUGAGGAGGGCAAGGAGGAUUAGGAAUGCCGCUCUCCAGCAUCUAUUCAUCCGUAAGUCCUUUCGACCCUUUAAAUGUCCCCAGUGCGGGAAAGCCUUCCGAGAUAAAGACAAGCUAGACCAGCACAUGCGGUACCACGGGCGGGACGGCUGCCGUCACAUGUGCCAUCAGUGCGGAAAGGGCUUUCUGACGAACGCUGCGCUUGAGGAUCACCUGCAGCUGCACUCUGAUCAGCGCACAUACUCCUGCCUGUUCUGCGCCGAGUCCUAUGACAGAUUGGACCUGCUCAAAGUGCAUGUGGGGGUUCACCUGGUCAACGGCUGCUUUUCUUGUCCUUCCUGCAAGAAAACAUUCACAGACUUCAUACAGGUAAAGAAACAUGUGAGGAGUUUCCACUCAGAGAAGAUCUUCCAGUGUACAGAGUGUGAUAAAGCCUUCUGCAGGCCUGAUAAGCUACGACUCCACAUGCUCCGCCACUCUGACCGCAAGGACUUCCUGUGUUCCACCUGUGGAAAACAGUUUAAGAGGAAGGAUAAACUACGGGAACACAUGCAGAGGAUGCACAACCCUGAACGCGAGGCCAAAAAGGCUGACCGCAUCCAUCGCACCAAAGCUCUGAAACAGAAAGAGCCCACCACUGACUUUGAAAGCUUCAUGUUUAAAUGCAGACUCUGUAUGAUGGGCUUCAGGAGACGAGGGAUGCUGGUGAAUCAUCUGUCUAAACGACAUCCUGAGAUGCGAUUGGAGGAGGUUCCUGAGUUGACGCUGCCCAUCAUUAAACCCAACAGAGAUUACUUCUGCCAGUACUGUGAUAAGGUGUAUAAAAGUGCCAGUAAAAGGAAGGCGCACAUUUUGAAGAACCACCCAGGGGCAGAAUUGCCUCCCAGCAUCCGUAAGCUGCGUCCUGCCGGGCCGGGGGAGCCUGACCCCAUGCUGAGCACACACACCCAGCUGACGGGCACUAUCGCUACUGCGCCCGUGUGCUGCCCGCACUGUGCCAAACAGUACAGCAGCAAGACGAAGAUGGUCCAGCACAUCCGUAAGAAGCAUCCAGAAUAUCAGUACAACAGCAACAGCAUCCAGGCACCUCUGGCCGCUACGGUCAUCAGCAGCACUCCUGCAGUCAUCACAACGGACGGCACCACUGCCGAGGCUGUGGUGACGACAGACCUAUUGACACAGGCCAUGACGGAGCUGUCCCAGACCCUGACCACAGACUACCGCACAGCACAAGGGGAUUUCCAGAGGAUCCAGUACAUCCCUGUGUCUCAGGCAGGAGGAGGCCUGUCACAGCCACAGCACAUACAGCUGCAGGUGGUGCAGGUGGCACCGGCGUCCUCUCCUCACUCUCAGCACUCUACAGUGGAUGUGAGUCAGUUACAUGACCCUCACAGUUACAGUCAGCACUCUAUUCAGGUUCAGCACAUACAGGUGGCUGAGCCCACAGGGACAGUGCAGGCCAAUGCACAGGUGUCAGGUCAGCCUCUAAGUCCCUCCUCUCAGCAAGCUGCCCAGGAGCUUAGCACCGCCCAGCUGACCCCUGUGACCCUGGCUCAGGGCCAGACUCUACAGACAUCCACUAAUCAGACGCAAGGUGCUGCCCAGCAUGCGUACCUUCCCAGCAACUGGAACUACAGGAGUUAUCCAUCUGAGAUCCAGAUGAUGGCUCUUCCUCAUACUCAGUAUGUGAUAGCAGAGGCCAGCACCCCCGUCACCACUGCCGUCAACAGCAGUCAGGUCAAAACGACACACUAUGUCAUCUCAGAAGGACAGACGGAGCUGGAUGGUAAGCAGGUGAGCGUCCCGUCCGCCGCAGCACAGGUUCACCCCGAUCCGCUGGAGCAGCCCGCCGCCAGUCAGCAGACCACCACGCAGUACAUCAUUACCACCACAACCAAUGGGACGGGAGCCAGUGAAGUUCACAUUACCAAACCCUGACACUGAAUCACUCAUGAAGAAACGCUCUGUGGUUUACUGAAGGGGGACAGAUGAAUUACUUUAAACAGAUUUCUGAUUUAUUUUUAUUUUCUUGAAGAGUAAAAAAUAAACUUAAAUAGUGAAAAUGUUUUUUAUGAAAUAUUCAGAACACUGGAGUGGUUAACUGUGUUUCUAGAGACCCAAAAAGACCCAACCAUGUGUGGUUUCAGGAACUAUCAUGACUUUUAACCUGUGCCAUACUGCCUCUUUUAUGAUCUUCAUUUUGGCCUAGUCUGAUUGUUGUUCUUGUUCCUUUAUUUUUUUUAUUCAGUUCAUUUUCCCUUAAGUAUUGAUAGAUUUUAUUUUUUCAUACCUGAUUGAGACUGAGUAUGGAAGCUUGUUUCUGCCAUGAAAUAAAAAAGGUAAAUGUGACUUUUUUUAUCUCACAAUUCUGACUUUUUUUAUCGCAAUUGCGAGAUAUAAAGUCAGAAUUAUGAGAUUUUUUUCUCGCAGUUGCAAGUUUGCAUCUCAAUUCUGACUUUAUUUCUUCACAAUUGUGAGUUCUAAAGUCAGAAUUGUGUGAGAAAAACGCAAUUGCGAGAAAUUCAGCAUUGCGACUAUAUCGCAAUUCUGACUUUAUAUCGCAAUUCUGACUUUAUAUCACAAUUCUGAAUUUCUAACUCACAAUUCUGAAUUUUUUCCUCAAUUUUGACUUAUAAAGUCAAUUGCACAUUAUAGCGCACAAUUGCAAGUUUAUAUAUCGCGAUUCUGAAUUUAUAUCAUGCAAUUGUGAGGAAAAAGGGAACAAAGUCAGAAUUGUGUGAUAUAAUGUCAGGAUUGUGUGAUUUAAAAGUUGCAAUUAUCAUCUUUUUUUGUUUUUUGUUUUAAUUAGUGGCGGAAACCAGCUUUAAUAGAUGAGACCUUUAAAAUAUUUUUUUUAAUAUAAAGUGAUUUCAUGUUUCCCAAUAUAAAGGGGUCGAACGCUGUGAAUUUUCACUUUUACUGGAUUCUGUUUGAAUAUAUUUGGAAUUCUUGAAGUUAAAUUUAGUGUCACCACAAAGCCUGUAAAUCACUUAAAUAAUUUCAAUCAGGCUCUGUAUUCAUGAACCUUCUGAAAGAAAACUUGCUUGGAUUAGCAGGAGAAUCUUAUGAAAUAUCACAUUUUACCCCAAAAACCAAAGAAAGAAUUAUAAUUUACACUGAGAAAGUAAAGCUCUUUGUCUAUUAAACAUUAUGAGAAUUUGGAGAAAAAAAUGUGCUUGGUUAUCAUGAUCAUAAUGUCAUGAUUCAAAAUUGUCCUUAAAAACAAACUUCAGUUUCUUGAUACAAAAUAGAAUGUGUUUUUCCUUUGAUUUUGGGGUAAAAUAUGAUCUUAACAUUAAGAUUCAGUCUAGCAAUGCAAGAUUCAGGCAUUGAUAGUUAAACCUCAAAUGUCCAAGAUCAGAUCAUUCACUUUACUUCAGACUUGUGAUUGAAAGCAAAACCCAGAUCAACUUUUACUUAAAACAUAUUUAAGAGUCACCAGCGAGAAUGAGGUUCAGGUAAAGGUUGAACACAUAAUUCCCCCCCCAAAAAAAUCCAUCCCAAAAUGUCUCCAUUAAUCUGAAUCCUCAUGUAAUUCUGUGUAUCGUCUGUUAAAAUGACUGGAGAACUUUAAGAACUUGUGUAUUUCAUGUAACUUGUGUUUCUGGACAUACUAGUAUUUAUUUGGGUUUUGCACAUCUGUCAGUUGGAGCACUGCUGCAUCUUUAUAACCUGAAAAAGGGAAAUAUAUCCAACAUACACUAUUUAUACCGAGACAAACUUGUACAAUGUAAAAAAAAAAUCAGUAUCUGUACUAUGAUUAUAAGUAUUGUUGUAAUUAUUGACGGCUUAUGUACAGUAAUGCGCCUCAGUGUCUGAGUUGGUGUCUCCUGUUGUUCCUAGUGAUGGGAAAUAAAUGUGCUUUUGUACACUUGA